AGUCAACAUGAAGGCGCUCCUUAUUCUGGGGUUUCUCUUCCUUUUGGUCACCAUCCAGGGAAAGGUCUAUGAAAGAUGUGAACUAGCCAGAAGGAUGAAACAACUUGGAAUGGAUGGCUACGAGAGAAUUAGCUUGGCAAACUGGAUGUGUUUGGCCAGAUGGGAGAGUGGUUAUAAUACCCGUGCUACAAACUACAAUCGUGGAGACCAAAGCACAGACUAUGGAAUUUUUCAGAUCAAUAGCCGUUACUGGUGCAAUGAUGGCAAAACCCCAAGAGCAGUUAAUGCCUGCGGCAUAUCCUGCAACGUUUUGCUACAAGAUGACAUCACUCAAGCUGUAGCAUGUGCGAAGAGGGUUGUCCGUGAUCCACAGGGCAUUAGAGCAUGGGUGGCUUGGAGAAACCGUUGUCAGAACCGGGAUCUCACUGAGUAUGUACGAGGCUGUGGCGUCUAACUGUGCACCUCUCCAUCUUCAGCUCAUCCUUGUCUCCUUUUCAAAUGAAGGAAGUAGCGAAUAAUAAGUAAAAGGCCACACCACGAUUCUUUCCUCAUCAAACAAGGAAGCAAGGCUUCACCCUAAGCCGCUUAAUGAUUUAUAAUGUGUGUAUUAUUUGAUAUGAUAUGCCCACACCUUUUCCAGUUUGCUUAAAAGAACUCAUGCUGAUAAAAAUGAAUCUAAAAUCUUGGUUAACAAACA